AUGUCGCGAAGCCAAUCGAGUCUGAGUCUGGCCCCGACAGAUGGCAGCAACAGAGAAGAUGGUGUAUCGCCCACCGCCCAACUAACGAGCUCGUCCUCGUCGCUGUCCAUGUCCAUGUCCGGCCCCAUGAACCUGUCCGGCCUCGUAUGCAACGUGCGACGAACCACGGGCCGCGAGCCUCGCGCUCUUGUGGGCGCCACCACCACCAUCCUAGGCGACAAGCUCUACGUCUUCGGCGGCCGGUCGGUGUCGAGAUCCCACUCGCACGUCCAGCUCACCUCGGAUCUAUACGAGCUAGACCUGAUCCGCAGACACUGGACAAAAGUGGAGGUAUCAGGCGACAUUCCAGCACCACGCUACUUCCACAGUCUCUGCGCGCUCGGCGAUACGAAACUCGUGUGCUUCGGGGGCAUGUCUCCGGCCGUCGGUGCCGAGUCAAACGAGCAGACUGACCGGAAUAGUCCGGCGGACGAACAGACAGACGUGCAGGUCAUGUCGGACAUACACAUCUACGACGUUGUGGCGCGGACGUGGACGCGCUUGCCGGCGAAGGAUCCGCCGCUGGGACGGUAUGCGCAUUGUGCUGCGAUAUUGCCGUCGAGUGCAUGCUUCACGUCGGCCAAUGCACCGCUGUCAGCGAUCCAUAAUAACCCAUCGUCGGGCAAUCCGCAUCAGGGCACGAUUGGGCCUGAUAUUGACGGAUACGGCGGCGCCGAGAUGAUCGUUGUGGGCGGCCAGGAUACCUCAAAUCACUAUAUUGAGCAGAUCAGUGUGUUCAAUCUGCGCAGCCUAAAGUGGACGUCGACGAGUCCGCUGGGCAGGAGUUGCGGUGCCUAUCGCAGCGUGGUGGCGCCGUUGACGAAUAUGGAUGUAUCGGAGCUGGGGAGUGCGGGUGCUGCAGCAGAGCAGGACGGCCACCACCACCACCACCACCACCACCACCAUCACCAGAUCGAGGGCGCGGAGAAUGGUACUGCGAUGCUGAUAUAUUCCAACUACAAUUUCCUGGAUGUCAAAUUGGAGCUUCAGGUGCGGCUGCCCGAUGGCCGUUUGGUAGAGAAGCCCAUGUAUGGCGAGGCGUCUCCGCCGGGACUACGAUUCCCCAACGGUGGGAUUAUCAACAACCAUCUGGUGGUCAGCGGUACCUAUCUUACAUCGUCAAAACAAGAGUACUCUCUGUGGGCUCUAGACCUAAAGACACUCACAUGGUCGCGCAUCGACGGUGGCGGGAGUGUCUUCAGCAGCGGCAGCUGGAACAGGGGCGUUCUCUGGGAGCGUCGAAACACCUUUGUCAUUCUGGGGAACCGGAAGCGAAGCCUCGUCGACGACUACAACCACCGUCGCAUCAACUUCUCGCAUCUGUGCAUGGUCGACCUCGAGGCGUUCGGCCUCUACAGCAACCCCUGUCGAACCGCGCCCACCUCGGGCUACGCCUCGGUCAGCUCGCCAUUGGUACCAGCAUCGCUGCAGCUGAAACUGGCGCAGCUAACAACCGGCGGCCGACCGCUGUCCACGGCGUCAGACGAGCUCGGCAAAGUCGCCUUCUCAAUGCGUGAGAUGGCAGACAUGGAGCUCCAAGCCCUCGGCGGCGAGCGAAUCCCCGUCAGUUCUCGAAUGCUGGCUCGACGCUGGGGACCGUUUUUCAUCCAACUCAUCCGCGAAGCGUCCGACCCGGGCAUCGCGGAAACUGCAACGCUUCGUGGCACGGCGAGCAACAGUAGCAGCGCUGGAGGAGACGGCACGACCCAUCCCAACCGCAACUCGAAUAUUACCAUCACGCCUUCUCUGGACUCGUCCAACAACAGCUUCUUCUCCAACACGCUAGCCAGCGGGAGCUCCCAUAGCCUGUCAUCUCCGCACUCGCGUCUUCUGGCGAACCUGGAUGUCCCCUCUGCGCAUUCAAUUGCGCCGUCGCUAAGGCCUCGAGUGCUGUAUCUGCCGCAUACGCUUCAGACCGUGCGGCUUUUGGUUUACUAUCUCUACACCUCGUCCCUGCCGCCAGUCAACUCGCCGCUUUGCACGCCGCUAGUUCUCUGCUCGAUCCUGCAACUGGCGCGCCCGUAUCAGGUUGACGGGCUUUUGGAGGCGGUGGUGGAGCGUCUGCAUCAGGUGCUGGAUGGACGAAAUGCCGCUGCGGUGUUUAAUGCCGCUGCCAUGGCGGCGGGCGGCGGACGCGGAACAGGAUUCAUCAGCGGGAUUGGCGGGACUCUUGAAGUUCUGAAUGGAGUCCACAGAUCGCUGAAUGGGUCAAGACCGAAUAUCAAUGGUGAUGUUGCUGGUGCUGGUGCUGGUGGAGCAGGCACAGGCUUGCAACAGCAGAAUUCGUUUUCGUCUCUGUCCACAGCGUCGGAUUCAUCCGACACCGAGCUUGGCCGACAACAGAGUCAACCUCAACAACGCAUGCGCGCCGACUCGUCUAUGGGCCGCCCCUUGCCCCUUCGGAUCAAUACGAAUAUGUCUCUGACGCGCAACAACGGCGACAUUUAUUACGACGAUUCGCUCAGUGAGGCAGCCUCGUCCUCGACGUCGGCGAGCUUCAGCCACAGCGAUUCGGACUACCUCGACGACGACGGAGGGAAUGGCAACCGCAACAACGGCAGAGGAGUCGGGCGGCGACGAGGCACGGAUGCCGAGGGUCGCGAGCGCCAGAUCUGGACGGGCGAUGUGAGCAGUGUGAUUGGGCUGCAGAAACGGGGGUUGAAGGGGCUCAUGGAGGGGAGGAGGAUGAGGGAGAGGAGCGGUGGCAGGUCGGGCGUUGCGCUGGCUGUGGAUGCUCAGUAG